CGGAGCUGGGAAAAGGGAGGCAGAGGAGGCGGAGGCAGAGUCAGAGGCAGAGCAGGAGCCCGAGCCCGAGCCCGAGCCCGAGCCCGAGCCUCAGCCAGGCGCCCGCGCGGAGCGCACACCGGCGCGGCCGGGCCCCGCGAGCCCUCCCGCGACCCGUGCCCGGCAGGAGAGGCCGCGACCCCUCGCUCGCGACCCCGACAACCGGACUCGGGACUGGCCUGCUGGUCAGGGGCCCGAGAGCAGACCCCGACUCGGGCUUUGCCCAGCCUCCGACCAGGGCUGGUCCUUUGGAAGGCGCCUUCCACAGCAGCACCUGGCGGGCCACCAUGACCGAGAACUCCACGACCACUCCUGCGGCCAAACCCAAGCGGGCCAAGGCCUCCAAGAAGUCCACAGACCACCCCAAGUAUUCAGACAUGAUCGUGGCCGCCAUCCAGGCCGAGAAGAACCGCGCCGGCUCCUCGCGCCAGUCCAUCCAGAAGUAUAUCAAGAGUCACUACAAGGUGGGUGAGAACGCCGACUCCCAGAUCAAGCUGUCCAUCAAGCGCCUGGUGACCACCGGUGUCCUCAAGCAAACCAAAGGGGUGGGUGCCUCCGGCUCCUUCCGUCUGGCCAAGAGCGACGAGCCCAAGAGGUCAGUGGCCUUCAAGAAGACCAAGAAGGAAGUCAAGAAGGUGGCCACGCCAAAGAAGGCCACCAAGCCCAAGAAGGCUGCCACCAAAGCCUCAAGCAAGAAGCCCAAAGCCCCCCCAGUCAAGAAGGCCAAGAAGAAGCCGGCUGCCACGCCCAGGAAGACCAAAACUCCCAAGGUUGUCAAAGCCAAGCCCGUCAGGCCGUCCAAGCCCAAGAAGGCCAAGCCAGUGAAGCCCAAAGCCAAGUCCAGUGCCAAGAGGGCCGGCAAGAAGAAGUGACAGUGGAGGCUUUUCCAUGGACGCUCCUUCCUCUCUUUUCUGUAAAUACUUUUCUCCUUUCUGCUCUGUCCAUCCUCAUCUGCAACCCUUCGCCCCUUUCUGUUCUGACUUUAUAAGAGACAAUGUGGAUUCCUUAGAAAUUGGGGGGUAACUCCCAAGGACCGAGCCACAGACCCCGUCCGGGCAUGAUGAGGAUGUGCUCACUUGUGUUCUGUUGAUUUGCUAGUAAUCUUAGGGGUAGGGAUUCGGGUGGGUGUGUGUCGGGGGUUUGUCUGCUGAAGGCAGAUGGGGGAGGAGGGUUUGCUCUGGCUAGCCCAGAGGCAGCAGGGAUGGGGGCUGUAGGACUGUCUCCCACGUCUUGAGCUCGGGCGCCCCUUUUGAGAGAUUCGGAACCCUUGGUGGGGAGAAAAGGGGUGGCAGCCGCCAGCGGCACAGGAGGGACGUGGAGAAAACUCUCCCUGGGCCGACCUCCCAGUGGCCAGCAGUGGCAGGUCCGAGCCCAGUUUCCUUCUCACUUUUGUUAAUCUGCCCUUGUGGCCUCUCUGUUAUCUUAGGGAAGGGGAGGGGGUCCAAGUGACAGCUGGUUGGGAGAAGCACUAUUCUCCCAGUCAGCUAGAAACUAGCCAUUGGAGGGUCUUUGUGGCUUUGCAAAGUCCCCUGUUAAAUGGGAGGGGGAGGGGGGAGUCAGUCAGCCAAGUGCCUCAGUGUGCCCUGUUGAAACUGUUGGGUUUCUCCACAUGAUUGAUGGAUUGUGUCCUAGGAGGACUUUUUGUUGUCCCUCCUGUAUAAGACGUGGCUUUACUUGGGCCCAGUAGCCACUUAAAAACCUCCCGACCUCUUUUUACUUUUAUAAGUGGUGGUAGGUGGGAGGGGGGCGGGGAGUGGACGGCAGGACCCUGCGGCUGUUUGGAACUUGCUAAGUAGUGUUAGAGCCAGGUCUGUGCAUGUGUAUGUAUAUAUGCCUGUCUAGGGCUAGACCACGUCUCGCCGGCAGCGGGGAGAAAAAACAUGUACAGUUGUCUUCCUCUUAUUUUUAAUAGCAGACUCGCGCACUUGCGCGACCCCCCAACUUUUUUUUUUUUUUUAAACAAGUGUUAUUUGUGCCGGGAAAAGAUUCGCUGUCGUUGUAAUUUUAAAACUUUAAAAUAAAAC